AUGAAGCCAUACACACUCCCUAUGCUCCGCGUCCUACUGCAGAAGACAAAUGAUAGUAACCAGGCUGUAGCUGCAAAUGUUCUCAUGUGUCUCGGAGAAGUGGCAGCUGUUGGCAGGGAAGAUAUGGCUUCUCAUCUCUCAGAACUCAUGCAAGCCAUCAUCUCCAAACUCUCCAACCUGGCUCAUGUCAAGGUUGUCAUGAACCACAACUACUUCUCAGUUCCCGUUACGCCAGCUCUAGUGACAUCUCAUACUAGUAAUUGGGGCAUCAGCACCAAAUCCAGUUAUAAUCACUUAAUGGCUUUUUGUGAUAAUCCUCGAAUAUUGACAGUUAGGCAUUUCCUGAGCUGGUUUGCUCAAUCAGAAUCGGAAUCGGCCAUGUGCCUAGUCGACGGGAAAUCGAACAAUAUCUACACUUGUCUCGGGGUCAUGCCAUCCAAUGAGAUUUCCGAUGAAGAUGUGCUGGUUGACGGGGCUCCGCCUGGGUCACAUACUGAUCAUACCAUACCCGCACAGAUUCUCGGUAAGCGACCUCAUGAGGGUGAAGACCCUAACUCGGAUGAGGAACAGUUAUUGCAGGAAUGUGUGUUGGACACAAUAAACCAGGAUCGUGCUAGCAACCAAGAUGAGGGGGCUUUGAUAACCACAUCAGAACAGAGUAGUUCAAAGGGUAAGGAAUGGGACUCGGAGAAGGUCCAUCCCAAGAAAAGACCUAGGGGUGCCGACGAACCAUCUACAGCUCCUUCUGGCGGCUCUGUCUCUCGAAUAUUCAGAAAUGUCUAUGCCACUCGACUAUUUGGCAUUGGAUUGCCUGCGUCAAGCAGUUCUUCAUCCCGUCCUGAUAACCUACACGAUGCACAAUCGACUCAGAAGGCACGACAAUCUGUCACAUUUUCACCCAAGGUUAAAAUUAUGCCUGCAGCAGGUGGUCACACUGGUGCUACCGAGCCACUAGCCCCCGAAGCUAGCUCUACAGAAAAAAACAGCGAAACAGACAAUGAAACUCGCAACGCAAUCGUAUUGGAUGCGCCACCAUCUAUAGCUGACACCAACUCUCCCUCCGAUCAAAAUUCACUCGUCAAUUCUCGGAGAGGCAGCAGCAACAUUCACAAUGCGUCAUGCACCUUUCCUGACCACGUCCAAUCACAACAGGGCCUCUUAUCGGCAACGCAAGGUGAUAGUGAAGUAGACGGCUCAGAUCGGACUGACAACAUAGGUGCAAGCAAUGAGAUGGACACUGACCUGGGUAGCAAUGGGCGUAUAGCUCGUGCUCAGCCACGCAGGGAGUGUACAUUCGUUCCAGCAUCCAAAGACGAUUUUGAUCCAGUGCCUCCUACAUUGCUUCUUAAGCAUGCAGUUGACCCAGCUGUCCCAAAUGUCUCACCUGGCGAUAGACCUGGUGGCUUAGGGCCUGAUCCAGUGCCUCCUCAGCCUCUUGCACAUGCACCAGUUGCACCAGCAAUUCCAGCUCCAGCUCCUCCUGCACCUGCCUCUCCAGUUGGCAUUGGUGCCAGACUGCCAACAUCAGGACACCUACAAUUCUGCUGA